UCCUGAAACGUCCAUGGCUGAAAUGUCCUGCUCGACUAGGAGACUAGACACCAGGCUAGCUGCCGACCGGAUGGGCAGACAAAAUGCCCCAGAGGCGUCGCCAAAAAGGUAGCGUUGCACAAUACCCGUUGGACGAGAUUUGCUGACCCUACAUCCUACAUUUCGGCCUAGUGGACGUUGGCCCAAAAAGUUUUUUUAUGGCCGUGAUGCGUGACCUGCCUGACCUGUUCAUCGCCAACACCGGUAUGUUAGGUCCCGGAGUUUGAAGGAAGGGGGGAAGAGGCGGAGGAGAAGCUGGUGUGUUACGCCGAGGGGCGGCUAUACCGAUACAGAGAAAAAGGGCAUACCACCAGCCUUACAUGACUGCCAUACCUCUGGUGCUUGACUAGAAACAAUGGGACGCUACAGUGGGAAAACCUGUCGUCUUAUGACGCUGAUUGUCCUUACUGGACUCUUCUUUGUCGUGGAGAUAAUAGUCGGUUAUGUGACCAACUCCAUGGCGCUAGUGGCGGACUCCUUCCACUGCCUGUCUGACAUGGUGUCCCUGAUUGUAGGGCUAUCUGCCAUGAGGUUCUCCAAGAAGCGAGUAGUUCACCUGAACACGUUUGGCUGGGUGCGUGCAGAGGUUCUGGGAGGACUGGUGAACAGUAUCUUCCUGUUGGCUCUGUGUUUCUCUAUCCUGGUAGAGUCCUUCAAACGUCUCAUCAUGCCUGAAAUUGUGGAGACUCCACUUAUCAUGGUCAUCAUCGGGGGAGUUUCUCUGGCCUUUUAUAUCUUUGGGAUGGGUCUUCUUGGGGGUCUUAUGGUGGGCAGACGUGGCCACACCAAGCACCCCCCAACAGAACAGGAACCUGACCAGGUAUCUCCCCCCAGGGAACUGAUGUCUGAUACAGACUCUGGGUAUGAAGUUGACCCUGACAUCAGGAGAGACAGUGACCACCAGCUUUCUGAGUCUCACUCCAGUAUUGACUCUGACAUGGACACCUCUGUCUGCAGGCCACAAAACACUGCUGUAACAGACGCCACAGAGAUGAAUCUGCAGGGUGUGUUCCUGCAUGUGUUGGGUGACGCCCUGUCAUCCCUCAUCAUCGUCAUCAAUGCACUCAUCAUCAUGUAUGUGCAGGGAGACUGGACCAAGUACUGUGACCCUGUCCUCAGCAUCCUAAUGGUGGUCAUCAUCAUUGCCACAACUGUGCCUCUGUUGAGACAGUCAGCAUCCAUCCUGCUACAGUCUGUGCCGCCCUCUGUUAAAAUGAAGAAGCUCAGGUCUAAGUUGCAGAAGAUUCCAGGUAUUGUGAACAUCCACGAGUUUCACGUGUGGCCGCUGACGGGUGAGAAGAUUGUCGCCACGAUUCACGUCGUGUUCCUGUCCCCGCUGAACUACACGCGGAUCUGCCACCAGAUCAAGAACCUGUUUCAUGAUGAAGGAAUUCACUCCACAACCAUACAGCCCGAGUUUUCACAGGGUGUUGGGAGAAGUUGCCAAUGUCUCCUGGACUGCAACACAACCUGUAGUUCAAAGCAGUGCUGCUCAAGAAACAAAGACACACAACCAGGCACACAGGACCAGGCCUCCAUCAGAAGAGUCUUGUUCCCUUGUCUGGGCAGCAUACCCCCUGUAGAUGAUGUACUCAUCCAGGAAGGGGUUUCUGAGAGGAGACCAUCGCUGAACCAGGUACUUGCCCACUUGAGAGAGAAGUUUGGGGAACAAGUCAGCUAUGAUGAGAACAGUGGAGAGAUUUUCCUCCUUGAAGCAAAAGAGUCCUCAGUGUAAAGAGUGUUGAUGCCACAGUUUGGGUUUUAAUCUUCUUUGGAAAAGAUGAAAACUUUUAUAUGAAUUUCCUUGCAUAAUAUCUAGCUUGUCUCUGAAGCAAGAAGAAGGAACACUGUAACAACUUAUAGUUGUAAGUAACUGUACCAAAGGUGUUAAAAAAUGAUUUAAUUUAAGUGCAAUAUCAGGAAUUGACAAAAUUCCAUCAUAAUAAUUGUCUUUCACUAAUAACAGGGUAUGUAACUAUGCAAAAGGAAGCUGCUAGGUUCAGAGUAACUUAAUCGACUUCUAACUUUUUUUAAACCAUUAUUAUUAAUAUCAUUAAAGGCAGUCUCAAGAGCUGAACGAAACUACUGUUCUGGAUCUGUAGUGUUGGGCAGUUAUAGAACUUACAACAGGCUGUACCAAUACAGAUACAGAAGAAUUUUUGGGUUGAUAUUGAAAAUUAUGUUAACUUUGCAAUUCGUUUCUGGAUACUUGUUUGUGUCCAUUCAUAACCUUAGCAAUUUUUUUUCCUAUUUGGUUUGGCCAAAAUGUGAUUUUGAUCUAUGGCAGUCAUCCCAUUGAAAUCCAUACUUAAAGCUUCCAAAAUGGUGCCCUGCUUAUAAAAAGCAGAGGCUGUUACGAAAUCUAGGGGUGAUCUUGAAAAUGAGGUUUGUAACGUGUCGUGUAAGUGGAUAGUUUUUAAUCAAUUUUCCACCUUACCAUCAAAAAUGCCUUAGGCCUAAAAUGACCUUAAUCUUCAGCAUAUACUAGUAUAUAUGAAAACUCUUUGUUUCCUCUGCUGAUCAAAGUAUUAGUUUUGAAAGGUGGUGUUUUUUUUUGUUGCAAUGAAUUGACAUGGGUGCAGUGCUGCUUUUUUUGUUGCAAUGAAUUCCUAUGUAGUUCAGAGCGAGUGAAUCCUGUGUGGUAAGAGUUGGUGUAGGUAAUUGGUUAAGAUUUGGUGUAAGAUUCUGAAAUGUGCCAUGUUUUUCUAUGUCCAAUAUUUGGCCACUACUGCUUCAGCAAUUAUCCAUCAUGCCCACACAUGCAUGAGGUUCUGCAUAGAGGGGCACUACUCAGUUAAUGGAUUGUAAAUAAUUCUUUUUUAUUUUUCAUAAUAAUCUGUAACUAAAUUUUACAAAUUUGGUAGAUUUUGUAUAAAUGAAAAUGUGUUGUUUUUUAUUUAGAAAAUUGUACUUGUUUUUUUAUUUAGAAAAUUAUGCCUACUACUACUAUACUGACCUCUGUUCUUGAAACUUUGAUUUCUACAUGGUACAUUUUGAAGGCCUCAACAAAAAUGUAAUAAUUUUUUUUAGUUAAUUGUACAGCAUUGUGUGUUGAACUAAUUCCUAAGGUCAUACAUAAAUUAUGUAACUAUGUUCCAGUGAGAGUUGCAUAAAGUGUAUUCAUAGCAUGUCAUAAAUUAAGAAUCUGAGCAGCUACAUGUAAGACAGUCUGUGUUAGACUGUUCUAAAUUAGCAGUUACUGUAUGUGAAGGAAAUAUAUUGUUUGACAUGUUUGUCUUUGCUGCUCAUUAUUUUCUGCUGCAACUGAUCAUAAUCAACAUUGAUUUUCUUGUAGUUUUGUUUCAAAAGCCUUUGUCAGGGUUUACACAGUUUUCAUACGAUCUCGUGUGUAUACACAGUUUUUGUACCGUCAGCUUUUUGCUCGCAUAUAAAUCAGAUCUUUAAGCUGCAACUAGCCACUUUAGAGCAGAACUGAAAAGCUGAUCAAGACUGAUACCCAGACUAUUCUGUAUGUCAUUGCAUGAAUUUUCUUCUUUGCCUUUACCAAUCAUCUCCUAUGGAAUAAUAGACAAAGCGGUUCCUGGUCCGUGGAGUAAGGUAGGAUGACUCUGACUCCUUGAUUAAAUAUUUUCAUUAAUUUUGAAGAUCACUUCUUUUCAAAUCAUCUUUAGACAGAAAUGUCUACUCUCAUAAUACUGCCACUUAAACGAUGAUAGCACCAAGUUCAAAAAAAUGAAUUUAAUGCAGCUUUAAUGAUUUCCAAGGGCAAGGCACAGUAUACUUCAGGUAUCCAUCUGUGCAAGACUCAUCCUAGGGUGAUGAGGACAAAAGUUUAUGAUCCCUUGUCAGGACAGGGGAGAGCCUUUGGGCAGAACGUACAGUAUGACCACUGGCCACAAAUAAAACUGACAUGCU